GAGGGACGGGACCAGUGCGGCCGGUUGGCUGCGAGCCGUGCGAGUGACGUAUCGACGUCGCGUGUCGCGAUAUCUUGUGGACGCGUCACAGCGUCGAAGUUUACGUCGCACCGCUGAUAACUCCGUAGAUAUACGUCAAUAGAUAUGCGAUAUAACUGAUCCCGCACGGCGUACGAUCAACAAUGCGAUAAGAAUGAUACGCGCGUGGUCCAUUAUCGCCCAGUCGUUCACCGUGAGAUGUUGCAGCCUUCGCAGCUAACCAUUGUUCAGAUUCUAUACUUCUCGUUGAAGAGUCCAGAGUCCAGAUCGUGGACCCGGCGAGACGUUGCAUCGGUACGAUGGCGCAUCCUCUGGUCGCAGUGUGCCAAAUGAGGUCGAUAGCCGACAAGGCGAAGAAUCUGGAGGUCGUGGCCGAGUUGGCGGCCGAGGCAAAACGCCGAUCGGCCACGAUAGCGUUCUUUCCCGAGGCCUGCGACUUUCUGGCGGACAACAAGAGGGACAUUGUCGCCAUGGCUGAACCGCUAACCGGGCAGACAGUGGCGGCUUAUAAAGAGAUCGCUGUCAAAAAUGACAUCUGGUUAUCCUUGGGCGGGAUUCACGAAGCUUCGGAUAAUGCGGAAAAGAUCUACAACACGCAUGUAUUGAUGAAUAGCGAGGGACAAUUAGUGGCCACUUACAGAAAGAUACAUUUGUUCGACAUGGAUAACAAGGAUACCGGAGUGCGCCUGAUGGAGUCGGAUUACGUGCUGAGAGGGACCGAGAUCGUGCCACCUGUGCCCACGCCGAUCGGCAGCCUCGCGCUCAGCAUUUGCUACGACAUGCGGUUUCCCGAGUUGUCGCUAACUCUGCGAAACAUGGGGGCGCAGAUUCUCACGUAUCCGUCGGCGUUUACGUAUCAGACUGGCGCCGCGCACUGGGAGGUGAUGCUGCGAGCGCGAGCGAUAGAAAACCAGUGUUAUGUCAUAGCCGCGGCGCAAACCGGCGCGCACAACAAAAAGAGAGUGAGCUGGGGUCACGCGAUGAUCGUGGACCCCUGGGGCGCCGUCGUAGCGCAGUGUGCAGAAAAAACGGGUGUAGCUGUGGCAGAGAUUGAUCUCGCGUUGCUGGAAAAGAUCAGGAAGAAUAUGCCGUGCGAGGAACACCGUCGCACCGAUUUGUACUCCAGAAUGGAGUGUUGAGAGUCCUCGUAAGGACGUUCAUCGGCAAAUCGAUUUUUCACUUGCUUCAAAUUUGAACCACGUGCUAUUAAUAGUGUUAUAUUAUAUGCCUGCUCAAUUUUAAAAACCGUGCCCGUAUCAAAGUCGAGAUAUUUAAUAUCGAAGUUACUCGUACGGUAUAGGCGAAACGUGGGAUAUUUUAAUUUAUUGUGAUAGAACUUGUUUGUGUAUUUUGCUAAAUACAUAAAUUAAUCUAUGAUGCACAAAACAGGAAUACGCAGCCGUACCGUUUAUGCGUAAUUGUAAUCCGAAAUUCUCCAUCUGACAAUAUUUUGAAGCGUGUCGCCCAGUACAUUCACAAAGGCAACACUGUCCGAUCUUCGUUUUUCCCAAGGCGUGCUAGUGUAUGCAUACUGCGUAGUGUGUAUUAUUUAUGCUAAAAGUCGUGAAUUAGGAAGUCGUGUUGUACGGAAAGAAAGCCGAACGUAGGCGAAGACUUUUGGCUACGAUUACAGCCGAUGAACGUCCUUAACGCAAACAGUUUAAUAAAUAAAUAAGCGAUCAUAAGAAGUUGUAAUUAAUCCAUUUUUUAAUGGAUUUGUAUAUUUAGCUGAACCCCCGAUGUAAAAAUCUAGAAUAAUUAUAUAUUGUAUUAUAUAGAAUAUAAUAAUAUACAUAUAUAUUAUUAUAUUAUACAGAACAUAUAUUAUUGUUAUAAAUUUUAUACUUCCUAGUAAACACCGAGUAUCAAUUACAUUGCAUUUAUGUUAAAAUUUCUCAAUCAACAACGUAAUACAUGUGUCACGUUGCAUUUACGUUGAGUGAGAGAUUGUAACAUAAAUGCAAUGUAACUGAUGCUCGGUGUUCACUGGGUUAAGCUUGUAUCGUUAUCGCAAUUUAUUAAAGUUAAGAUACGCUCAUCA